AUGCAGCUGUGCUCCACACAGAGGCCGUGGUUGAGUCAGGAAGAACAUCUGGAGUGUAAGUUUUGGAAUUAUGACGAUCGGCUGCUGACGUCCAGUGUGAUUAUAGUUUUCCAUAACGAGGGUUGGUCUACGCUCAUGAGGACCGUGCACAGCGUCAUCAAGAGGACGCCCAGACAAUUCUUGGCUGAGAUUGUCUUGAUAGAUGACUUCAGCAACAAAGUGCAUCUGAAGGAGCGCUUGGAAGAGUACAUCAAGCAAUGGAAUGGUCUCGUAAAACUCUUCAGGAAUGAAAAACGAGAAGGGCUGAUCCAGGCAAGGAGUAUUGGAGCUAAAAAGGCCACCAAAGGACAGGUUCUGAUCUACCUGGAUGCUCAUUGUGAGGUUGGAAUCAACUGGUACGCUCCAUUGGUUGCACCAAUUUCAAAAGAUAGAACCGUCUGUACGGUGCCUUUGAUCGACUCCAUCCAUGGACAGAGGUUCGACAUCGAGCCCCAAGGUGGAGGAGACGAAAACGGUUUUGCUAGAGGAGCCUGGGAUUGGAGCAUGCUCUGGAAGAGAGUUCCUCUGGGAGACAGGGAAAAAAAACUCAGAAAAAGUGAAACUGAGCCAUAUAGGUCUCCAGCCAUGGCAGGAGGUCUGUUUGCCAUAGAGAGAGACUUCUUCUUUGAGCUGGGUCUCUAUGAUCCUGGACUACAGAUAUGGGGAGGAGAAAACUUUGAAAUCUCCUACAAGAUCUGGCAGUGUGGAGGCCAGCUGCUCUUUGUUCCAUGUUCUCGUGUUGGACACAUCUACAGACUGCAGGGCUGGCAAGGAAACCCUCCACCUGCGCACGUCGGGUCCUCGCCCACUCUGAAGAACUAUGUCCGUGUGGUGGAGGUGUGGUGGGAUGACUAUAAGGACUACUUCUACGCCAGCCGUCCUGAAACGCUCACUCUGGCCUACGGAGAUAUAAGUGAGCUGAAACGCUUCAGAGAGGAGCAUCGAUGUAAGGGUUUUAAAUGGUUCAUGGAGGAAAUAGCAUAUGACAUUCCACUGCACUACCCUCUUCCUCCGAAAAAUGUAGAGUGGGGGGAGAUUCGAGGCUUUGACACCAGUUACUGUAUUGACAGUAUGGGACAUACAAAUGGAGGGAAUGUGGAAAUUGGCCCUUGCCACAGGAUGGGGGGCAACCAGUUGUUCCGCAUCAAUGAGGCCAACCAGUUAAUGCAGUACGACCAGUGCCUGAGCAGAGGAGACAACUCAGGUGUCAUCAUCACACACUGCGAGCGCAACCAGAACACUGAGUGGAACUACUUCAAGGAUCUUCAUCGGUUCACCCACGUGCCCACAGGGAAAUGUCUGGACCGCUCCGACCUGCUUCACAAAGUCUUCAUCUCCGACUGCGACAUCAGUAAAAGCACUCAGAAGUGGGAGAUGAACAACAUCAUCGCUGUAUGAAGACUUUGUGAAGAAGAACUGCAUCUUUACAGCGAGUUGAGUCUAAGCCACUCUGCUGUGGCUAAAAGCCAGGCCUUUAUGGGACCCGAGUGGACCAGGUCCUGGACUCUGCAGGACCAGGACAGAGACCAGCUGGCUGAUAGAGACUGAAGAACUGGACAAACUGAAUUCUUUCAUGGUGGUUGACUUUACUUUGUCUUUUUUAUUUGUCUGUUUUCUGAGAAUCCCAACAAUCCUAAAUGUUGUUUUCAAGCACUGAUUCAGAAACUUUAAUGCAAACUGAUUGUUUUAUUGACGUUUUUUAAUUAAGUCGUUACAGAAGACGACUUCUGUUCUAAUCACUGUCCGUACAAACUGGACCUUUGGUUCUCCUCUGGAAGGCACACUGUCUUCAUGUUCACACUGGACAAGCAACCAAAGUUAGCAAAUGAACAACACAAUGAAUAAUCAGCACAGUUUAAAUCUGAACAUUUUUUGUUCCAUUUAAAUAAAACGGUCAUCGAACAACUACCGGUAAUUAUUAUCUUAUUAUUAUCAGAAAUAUAUUUAUUUAAUAACUGAAGGAUUUCACCACCGGCAGCACUCGAACCUGAAACCUGAAGGCUCGCUCUAAAAGCAGUGAAAGAAAUAACACACACACACACACACACACACACACACACACAGACAGUAUUUAUGGUUUUCAGUAGCAGAUAUUUUACUUGGUGGUUGUUUCUCCAAACGUUCCAAGAUUAGUUUCCAGAGUUUCACAUCUAAAGCUUUCAUCAGUUAAACCAGAACUUAAAGUUUUAAUUUUCCCUUGUUUGAUUUUAGAGAAGUCUUCAGGACUUCCACACUGCCUUAUCUCCAAAGAUGAUCGGGUUACUGUGACGUGCUAACAUGCUAACAUGCUAACAGCCUUUCCUCAACCAGAGUCUUGAUGGGAUGGGUAACUAUAAACCAGAGUCUUGAUGGGAUGGGUAACUAUAAACCAGAGUCAUGAUGGGAUGGGUAACUAUAAACCAGAGUCUUG